AUGCGCUCAUCAACGUUUUCACUAUUUUUGCUCUCCCUGUUUAUGUCUUUGGCAUUCGCUGCCCAAGUCCAUAUUUCGGGUAACAGAGUACCUACUUCACAGUUCACAGCACAUGGCGUUGCAUCGCAAUUACCCUCUCGCGACCGAGCUAUCAUCGCCCAAGACCGCGCGAGACAAGUCGCUCUAUCCCAAAUGCUCGAAACAGGCCCCAAAGUAUCCAUCGUCGAAACCGCAUCCGUCAACGUCAAGGCCUUCGCCCAGGGUGGCAUGAGCUUCCUCUUCGGCCUGGCGUCUUCGUCAAACGACGUCCUCGACUACAUCAACAACGGCACCACCUCUGUGUUUUCGCGAUCCGUCACCAACGAGAAGGGCAGCGCAGCUUCCGGACGGAAACACGUUGCUUACACCAGCAUCGCCCUCGUUCUCGUCAUGCUCUUCUUUGCUGUGUGGAUGUGA